CCGAAAGUGCGAAGGCUUGGUGUCCAAGAAACCGCGCUUCCAUUAAUAUCUUGAUUCCGUCCCCCUUUGGCCAACAAAAAACCUUGAAGCCCUAAAAAUUCUCCCUUUUCUUUCUCGCAUGCUUUACCAUGGCGGAAGACAAUUUUGCAAAUCAGGAGCCUAACAUCGUUGAUGACGUCGAUAUCGAUGUUCUCUUGCAACGAUUCAGCGAUGACCCCAUUUUCGACUUUGAUCUCGACCUCGACUUCGAUCUCCUCCGCGAGUCCUGGGUUCCCGGAUCCGACCCCCCUUCUAAUGUUUUCCAGCCUUCUGGAUCUUCUUCUCCGGUUCCUCCUACGAGUGUUGAAGCCCCAUCGAUGGAGCCGAGCUCUCCGGAUUCCGUCUCUUCGUUCGUGAACUACAUCGAGAACUUUCUUAUGGACGAUGUCGAUUGGGGCGAGGGCGACGGAGGAAAGGAGGUCGGCGAGGAUAGUGGCGUGGAUCUAUUCGCUGGCGCACUCUUUGAUGGCUCAAUCAGCUCAAAGGCUGAUGUGGAUACUCCUGAAUCGUAUGAUGCGUCAACCAAGGAAGGCCAUAGCAAAGAGAAGGAAGUCCCUGAGGUGGUUGUUGUUGAGGAGGAUGACGAUUUUGUCAUCAAGAAACGGAGAAGGCAAAUGAGGAAUAGAGAAUCUGCUAUGAUCUCGAGGGAGAGGAAGAAGUUGUACAUAAAGGAUCUUGAGAUGAAGAAUAAGCACCUAGAGAUAGAAUAUCGCCGCCUUGACUAUGCUCUCCGCUGCUAUACGGCGGAGAACAUGGCGUUGCGCCGGAGUUUGCAGUUUCAGAAGAAUAGGUCCUGCGGUGCUUCCGUGGCCAAACAGGAGUCUGCCGUACUCUUUAUGGAAUCCCUGCUGUUGGGUUCCCUGUUUUGGUUCGUGAGCCUCGUGUGCUUAUUUCUUCUUCCCAGCCUGCAAAGCCUGAAAAUCUUAAGCUGCUCGGGAAGAGAUCUCGCAAUGGUAGUUGCAAGAACAAAAAGUAGAAAAAGUCUUAUGUUGGGUAAAGAUUUAAGACUCAUUCUGCAUAAGCUGAAAAGACGAUGUAGAAGCAUGAAAUCUAGGAUGAAGUUCUUUUUAUUUCCUCUUCAUGCUGUUCUUGCCUGAUUUGAAUUGUUCUGUUAUUGGUUUUCCUUUCCUUUACUGUUAUGUUUUAAUUAGUACUUUUGUGCGUUGCAAAACAUUAUUGAUGCUAUACCUUACGUUGUUUUUAAAUAAUAUUGAGGUUCUAGUUAUGUUUUACGAUAGCAUAAA